AUGGGCUACUGGCCAGAUGACGUUGAGUCGAUGGUUCAUCGAAUUCAAGAUGAUCGUCAAGACUUGUGGAAUGACAAAAAAGCAGAUUUGAUCGCAGAGGAGUUGAAGAAAAUCGAUUCCCUGUACAUUAUGGUUUAUGACGAGUGCGGUGGAUACGACAACCACUCGUUCUAUGCAUCCGUAGACCAGACAUUCUACUCGUUUCGACGUGGAGGGUGCAAUGUAGUCGUCUACCGUAGUACCGAGUGGAAUUCUGGAGGAAAGGAUCAUCUAGAAAUUAUCAAACUGCAAGUGGAAUCUUGUAGAAUUGGAGCGAUUCCGGAGCUAUACACAUAUGAUGGCAUCCCAAAAUGGCUCAUGGAGUAUCGAAUUCAGAAUUCAGGAUUCAUUGGAAUGGUUGGGACGUGGCGAAAUGCAAUCGUUCGAUCUGUAAACAGUAACACCGUAUGGGGACCUGGUUGGUGGAUAACUGCCACGUGUUAUGAUUGGGACACACUGGAAAACACUGAUACUAAAUUCACAUUAAUUGAUGGAUGGCAAUAA